GUAAUUAAAUAUCAGCUAUCUCAUGUAGCCGGUGAUGCCAUAUUGAAGUUUGUGAAAAAAUAUGGUCAAAUUCCAAAGAAGGCUUUACCUCGAUCAACAAAAGAUGGCCUCUGUUUCUUAGAUACUUUAAAGAAAAGUCAUACCGAGUUUUUUUCGACUCCUGUUGAACAAAUAAAGGGUCGAGUCUAUUCGUUUGAAUAUCGGCCAAUACUUUCAGCUGUCAAGGAGAUUCUUCAGAAUCAAGAAAUUGCAGCAAAUUGUGUUUUUGACUAUCAAGAAAUUCAUGUAUCGGCUGGAGCAA